CGAGCCGAACAAUUGAGUACUGGCUUUGACAGAUGGGGGAUCGAGUCUCAGAACCUAAACUCGUUCUGGUCUUCAGCGGGAAGCGAAAGUCCGGAAAGGAUUAUGUGACGGACCUGAUCCAGAAGUGUUUAGGAUGUGAUGUUUGCUGCGUCCUGCGUCUGUCUGGACCUCUCAAACAGCAGUACGCUCAGGAACAUGGUCUGGACCUGGAACAGCUGCUCGGUCCUGGUCUCUAUAAGGAGCAGUACCGGGCCGAUAUGAUUCGUUGGGGAGAAACUCGGCGACGCCAGGAUCCUGGAUUCUUCUGUCGCCUUGCAACCAGAGGAGCACAGCAGCCUGUCUGGGUGGUGAGUGAUGCGCGGCGGUCGUCAGACCUGCAGUGGUUCUUGUCUGAGUUUCCUCGACAGACUCGAAGUGUCAGAGUUCAAAGUUCAGAAAAAACACGCAAACAGAGGGGGUGGAGCUUCACCGCAGGUGUGGAUGAUGCAGAGUCGGAGUGCGGGUUGGAUAGCGGUGUUGAAUUCGAUUGGAUCAUCACUAACGAGGCUGAUGCCCCAUCGUUAGAAGAGCAGCUGCAGCCAAUCCUGAAGCUGGCCGAGGAGGCGGCUGAUCAGCAAUCUUAUUGAUAACUAAUGAAUGUUCAGUAACAGCAGCAGGUCUGUGGAGCUGAUCACUGUUUCCUGUCUGAAUAUCAAUAAAGUUUUUUCUGGAAACUGAA